AUGAAAGACUACUUUAGCGAGAAUUGCAAAUAUCCACCGGAGUACUUUCACAGACAAUUCAGGAUGCGACGAGAACUAUUUCUUCGUAUCCUGAAUGAUGUUAAAGCUUAUGACGACUACUUCAUCCAAAAAAGGGAUGCAAUAGAUCGUUUGGGGUUGUCUUUUAUACAAAAUAUGACAACUGCAAUAUGUAUACUCGUAUAUGGUUGUGCAACCGAUCAUUGUGACGAGUAUAUUAAAAUCGGUAAGAGCAUUACCAUUGAAACCCUGAUGACAUUUUGUAAGGUUGUUGUUGGUGUGUAUGGGGAAGAGUACAUGUGCCCACCCAACAAAGCCAACAUAGCACGACUACUUCGAGAAUUGGAGGAGAAAGGAUUCUUAUGUAUGGUUGGUUCUAUUGACUGUUCACACAAUGAUAUUAAUGUGCUGGAUCAUUCUUCGGUAUUCAACAGUAUCGUCACUGGCUAA